AUGGCUCCGAGGCUGGGCAUCCGGAGAUUGGAGCACGCCUCGCAGACUUCUGUUCCGCACCCGGCUCCUUCCGCGGCCCGCGGGAGCGGGCCUGCCGGGUCCGUCGGUACGCCGCGAAGCUCUCCCAUCGACUCUCCCUGUUUCCAGACGAAGGGGAGCCUGGAGAGCCUAGCGGGGCAGUUCGUGACCCCAGGCGCGUCCGCCUUUGCCAUGCUGGCGCCUUCGGAGGCAGCUCCCCAGGUGACUCCUGAGAUGAGCAGGUUCCGUGUGGGCGACCGAGUGCGCGCACGAGUGCCUAUGAAGAUCAGCAACGAGGGCAGAGGCUACUUCAAUGAGGGCGGCGGCUACGGUGUUCCCGACCACCAGCGUGACUUCAAGAAGGAGAAGCAGGAACGUAGAGAGCUCUCCCCAGUCAUUGAGGGCGGCAGCGAGGGUUACGUGGUGGGAAUCAUCACCGCAGGAGAGUGGGCCAACCGUCCGAAAGGCUGGAAAGGCCAGCCCAGGCCUGGCGUCAUGGUGAAUUGGGAUGAGGCCACAUAUCCGCUGGACGUGGCGGAGGAGAUGUUCCUCACAGAGGUGGAGGGGGAGUCAUUGUCGGAGCUGCACAUCCGCCAGCGCAAGAAGAGGUGGCGCAGGGCCAGCGACUUUUGA